GCUCUCUAGAGACGUCAGGGCCAACCGCUCAUUCUUCGGAUUCUAACAUCCUCUCUUCUUUCUCAGGGACCUGAUGCCGAGGACCCUGGAGGGGCAGAUCACCAUGGAGAAGACGCCCAGCUACUUCGUCACGCGGGAGGCGCCCGCGCGCAUCUCGGCCAUGUCCAAGGACACCAAGCUCAUCGUGGUGGUGCGGGACCCGGUGACCAGGGCCAUCUCGGACUACACGCAGACGCUCUCCAAGCGGCCCGACAUCCCCACCUUCGAGAGCUUGACGUUCAAAAACAGGAGCACCGGCCUGAUCGACACGUCGUGGAGCGCCAUCCAGAUCGGCAUCUACGCCAAGCACCUGGAGCACUGGCUGCGCCACUUCCCCGUGGGCCAGAUGCUCUUCGUGAGCGGCGAGCGGCUCAUCAGCGACCCGGCCGGCGAGCUGGGCCGCGUGCAGGACUUCCUGGGCCUCAAGCGCAUCAUCACCGACAAGCACUUCUACUUCAACAAGACCAAGGGCUUCCCCUGCCUGAAGAAGGCCGAGGGCAGCAGCAAGCCCCACUGCCUGGGCAAAACCAAGGGCAGGACCCACCCCGAGAUCGACCGCGAGGUGGUGCAGAGACUGCGCGAGUUCUACCGGCCCUUCAACCUCAAGUUCUACCAGAUGACCGGGCACGACUUUGGCUGGGAUGGAUGACAAAAUAUAAUUUAAAAAGAAAAAAAUAUAAAAAUAUAAUAUAUUUUUUUACCAAUCGGUAGAGAAAAAGCAGUUUAAUAUUUGUUCUGAAAAAUACUUGUUUCAGUAUUUUUCAAUGAAUGUUCUCGCCUCCACCCUUCUCGAUGUAUAAAUGACGCCACGCAUGUGGGUAAACAGGAAAGGAAAACUCCUCUCAUCUAAAUUAUUUCAAUUUUCAGUUUUAUGUUCUGUAUACCCAGGUGCAAUGUGUCAACAUCAGUUGCCAUUAACAUUUUUAAGAAAAUCCUGAUGGUAAACAUUUCUUAGAAAAAUAAGAGCCUGACAAAAUCGGUAUCUGUCCUUUAUGUUUUUCUCCUUUUUUUCCUGUUCCAGUUUUUCAUUAAUCAUUUCCCAACUAAUAAGGCUGUGCGUGACCACACCUCCUCAAAGUUUUCAUGCUGUGUUCGUAUACAUUUUGUGAUUCUUAUUCUACAUGUGGUGGAAAACUCUAAUACUAUAUGUAGAGACUAUUAUUCCGGUUUUGCAGAUAAGGAAAACAGACUCAGGGAGAUUAAAUGACUCAUUUUAAGGCUAGAUGGUGCAUCCUGACAAAAACCCAUCUUCCAUUUGUCUAUUUCAUGUCUUUUUCUAAGGUACAAAGGGAAGUAAAUCAAUUGCAUCUUCACUAGCUAGUUUCAGGAUGAUCUGAAACAGGACAAAGGAUUUUUUUUUUCUUUUAAUUGCUUUCUGAGUUCCAAACUAGCCUGUGGCAUCCAGUUUUAUUACAUAACUGUGUUUAUGGAAAUCACUAAGAUCUGGCAGAAGCUCUUGAUGGUUACAGUACCUAGAGAUAUGGAGAUUUGAUUGACUGGUGUUCGAUUCAGCUUGAGAAACGCUGCUGGAUUCUUGUAUCCAGGGCAAGAUGGACAGCCACACUAGAAACAGGGUAAGAUGUGCUAGGAGUGUGACUUACCUGUUUGUUGAUUUGACUGCCAUAUUUUUUAAAAAGAAAAACCCCACUUCAGUUAGAUCUUACCAGUAUGAAAUUCAUUUUUUCUUUACCUUGUUUUGAAGAAAGAAAAUCUACUUUUUCUUUUAACGGUUCAGGUCUAAUCUGGUAGGUAGCUAGUACUAAACAACUGCCAAAUGACAACUUAUUUGCCAUACCCUUAGUUUUUCAUGGGUGGAGGAUUAUCACUUUGUCACUUUAUUUUUCCAAUUUCCUAUUCACACCAUUUAUAAUUUAAUGCUUAUUAAUAUUUGGGAAAUAUUCAAAAAAUGCAGUUGUGGGUAAAAUGGCUACUUUUCCUUUUCUUCUGUCUGUUCCUGCCCAUCCCCCAUUUAAAUCAAGCAAAUAAAUCAGCAGUUUUUUAUGUGUAUUCUUUUGCUCUCUGAGUGGAUAUUAACAAGAUUAGCAUUAAUGGGAAAUAAAUGGGCUUAGAGAAGAGCACAUAUGCACACAAUAUAUAAAAUGUUUAUAAUUAGUGUGUCCCCAACAUUUUAUUACAGAUUUAAACACAAGAGCAAAAUAUCUCUUAGUCCAUGGAAAGUUUCCUUAUCUGCCAAAAUUUAAAAGGCCAGACAUUCUAGAGUACUAAAGUAAUAUUCUAUUUCUUCUCCAAUGUUGUCAAUCAAAGGAAACUAAAGUUGUUUAAAACUAUACACUAUAAUUGUGCAUUUAUUUAUCUUAGUCACUGUAGCAGGUAUGUAAAUAUUUCUUGAGAAGCCUAGCACAGGAUUAAAGUGAAGAAAAACUAUCUUCCAAGUUUUUAGAUAUUUUUGUCAUAGCUCCAAAUCUUUGGCUUUGUUAAUAUCCCAUUUAUGGGAGUUAAGUCGACCUCAAAGCUGAAUCAUCUUUUUCCAGUCUAUCUUCUUCACUUUUGUGCCCUCAAUUUUCAAAUACUACAGCUUGUUUUUGUUCUACUUAAAGUGGUACUAGCAGCAACAUGAUAUUCAUUUUAAA